AUGGCUCGAACCAAACAGACAGCAAGAGGCGGUGCCAACACCAGUACGCCUCUCUGUGGCUGUUGGUUCCCCUUUAGCAGACCUGAGUCCCCUCAUCACAUUCGACGGUCAUAUCUUCCUGCCCACAAGAUCCAAGCCAACACUAUCAUCAAGGAUCUAACAUCCCGUACCACGCUAACUCAAAAAUUCACGAAUGAGACCAACGACAAUCUUGACAACAUCAUCUACUCCUUCCCUCUUUAUGAUGGCGUAUCUGUCGUUUCCUUCACUGCGACCGUCGGCAGCGUCAGGAUCGAGGGUGUCGUCAAGGAGAAGCACGAAGCUCGCCAGGAAUACAAUGACGCCCUCGCGAGGGACGAGGCAGCAGGACUGUUGGAGCAGUUGCCCGAAGCCUCCGAUGUCUUUAGCACUCGGAUUGGGAACGUUGCAGCCGGAAUCACUGUUACCAUUGAGCUCGUCUAUAUAGGCGAGCUGAGGCAUGACGCUGAAGCCAACGGCACGCGAUUCACCAUUCCCGCCGCUAUAGCUCCGCGCUAUGGGUUGACACCGCACGAUAUUUUGAGUGCCCAUUCGUUAUCAUCUACCAGCGAAGCUAUCCACUUUGCAAUUGAUGUGGAUGGCGUAGAGGGAUCUCAGAUUCGGCAGUUGCAAUCCCCGAGCCAUCCGAUUACGGUGACCAUUGGUCGAACCACAGAGAUGUCCGAAGACGAACACAUGUCCCAUCGUGCCUCGGCGGCCCUAUCUAUCGACGAUACUGUCCUAGACAAGGACUUCAUUAUCAUCAUCUGCGCCACGAAUACUGGUGCACCGAAGGCCCUUCUCGAGACGCACCUGACCAUUCCCAAACAGCGUGCGCUGAUGGCAACUUUGGUCCCCAACUUCAAGAUACCUCCAUCGCAUGGAGAAGUCGUCUUCAUAGUUGACCGGUCUGGAAGCAUGGGUGGUAAGAUCGACACCGUGGUUAAAGCAAUGACCAUCAUGCUCAAAUCGCUUCCUCUUGGGGUCAGGUUCAAUAUCUGUUCUUUCGGCAGCAGCCACUCCUUUCUAUGGCCUCGUAGCCAGUACUAUAGCGUUUCCAGCCUUGAGGAAGCACUGGCCCACGUCAAUGAAUUCGCACCAAAUUUCGGCGGUACGGAAAUGCUGGAGCCAGUCAAGCUGACGGUCUCGCAUCGUUGCGAAGACACGCUCCUGGACGCUAUUCUCCUGACAGACGGCCAGAUCUGGAAUCAACAGGAGCUUUUCGACUUCGUUGCCGAAUCUUCCAAACUGUACUCUGCACGAUUCUUCUCGUUGGGAAUCGGAAGCGGAUGUUCAACUGCUUUGGUAGAGGGUGUUUCUGCUGCAGGGGAUGGUUUCAGCCAGUUCGUCGCUGAGGGCGAAAGGAUGGACAAGAAGAUGGUACGACUUCUCAAAGGGGCUCUGACGCCGCACAUCAGGGACUACAGCCUUGAAGUCAAGUACCAGAAGGAUGAUGACGACUACGAAAUGGUCGAGUCCGUCAAAGACGCCUUUAAAAUCGGCGUCGCUCUCCCUCUUAGGCUAAAGAGAGAAUCUCCCCGAAAAGCUGCGGUGUCCCUAUUCGAUAAAAGCCUUUCUCAUGACUCGGACGAUGAUGAGGAUGUACCAUUGGCAGAACGGCAACGGACCAUGUUGCCUACCCCGCCAGAGUUCGCACCGCCAUCAAUGCUGCAGACACCUUCUCAGAUCCCCUCACUGUAUCCCUUUGCACGAACAACGGUCUAUGUCCUGCUCGGACCAUCCACGUACAACUUGACCCCUCAAUCACUCGUGCUCCGCGGCACAUCGGAGCACGGUCCCCUCGAGUUCGAGAUCGAGGUUGAGGAUGUCGGCAAAAGUCAGACGAUCCAUCAGCUUGCAAGCAGAAGAGCCGUCCACGAGCUGGAGAAGGGCCGGGGCUGGCUGUCCGAAGCCAAGGAUAAGGAAGACGACGUCCUGCUUAGGAGCAAGUAUGAAGGCCAGUGGGAAGGCAUUCUGCAGCGUGAAGCGGUACGACUGGGUGUGCAGUACCAGGUGGCUAGCAAGUGGUGCUCGUUCGUGGCUGUUCAAGACGGGCGUGAGAUGCAGCCUGUUGUUUUUGGCGGCAAGAUACCGCGAGUAAAUUUGGGACAGGCUCCAAGGAAGCAGCUAGCCUCCAAGGCAGCGAGAAAGUUUGUUCCCACUGCAAGUGAUGUUAGACAGAGAAAAGUGGCCAAGGUUGGUACAGGUGAUGCUGGGAGCACUCAGGAAUGCACGCCGGCUUCCCCGGUUAGCCAUCCCCGACGGUCUACGAGGGCUUCGGUUCGAUCGCAAUCUGCUCUCCACUCUCAGGGGUCCAAUGCGAUGGAUGUCGACGAGUCCGAUGCCCAGGCGAGAUUGCCCGAGACCAACAACGCGAAGAUGCACGCGAUCAUCGGCUUGCAGAAGUUUGAUGGUUCUUGGGACUGGGAUGAAAAGCUCAUCGCUAUAUUGGACGGCAAUCCAGGCAGCAUGAUGAGCAGGAGUGGCCGGAGGUCUGUCAAAGCUACGGCUUUGGCUGUUGCUUUUUUCCAGGCCUGUGUGCCCGAGGAGGAGGACGCGUGGGAGCUCAUUGUCGACAAGGCCAAAGGGUGGCUUUCUCAACAACCAAGGAUGGACGUUGACAAGGAGAUCGCCGAGGCCGACAAGCGUUUCAUUGGGUAUACGCAGUAUGGCCAAGUUAAGGAUUGGGAGUUUACUAUGUAG